AAAUGGAAAAGGAAAACUCCAAUAUUGCUGAUAUCGAAUUUUUCAUCCAUGUUUUUAAAGGAAGUCAGCCAUUAUGACGAUGUAGAGUACUACCUUAAAUCAGCCAAACGUGUAGUGAACGAAUUGACCGAUUCAUCGAUACUGGUUUGGGACUCACACGGGUAUUUUUCAAAGCAUUCCAUAAGUUCCUGAGAAUUUUCUAAUAGUGUCGACCUUGCCUGUGAAUGAAGUUCCUGGUUCCAGACGAAGUAUGAUGACUCUUGAUUUACCUCAACAGUAGAAUUAAUGUUUUGGAUAAUAUGAUUAGUUAAUGAUAUUGUAUAUGUGUGUCUGGAAAUUUUGGAAGUUUAAGUUAUUAUAUAUAGAAAAAUCUAGAGCAGGCUGAAGUUAGCAGCCAUUAAACAGCAACCAACAGCCUGGUAAGCUCUUGCUCUUGUUUAUUUUGUUGUAAUUGUAUUCGAUUUAUUAUUAUCAUCAUCAUUAUUAUUAUUUAGAAAGGGGAGAUAGGAUCCCUUCCGUUCUAGUAGUGUAAAUUUUCUCAACGAAACAACUUAUGGCAAUAAGAUUUUGAAACGCAGUUCGCUAUUCGCAAUUCAAUAGUGAACUGCAUUCUAAAACGCAGUCCGCAAUUGCAAAUGCAUGAAAGAGAACCAGACUGGAAUUUAAGGAAGAGGUUUUAAAUGUCGCCGGACAGUAUUCUAUUUAUAUACACAGAUGAAUCUUAAAAUACGCGAUAAGAUAAUAUACAAUCUUCUUUCGGUUUAUCAAUUCAAUAUGGAAAUGAAAAUCCCCGCACUGGAUCUCUUUAUCGCAGGUGAGAGAAACGUCUCGAUUUUCUAUAUUCCUCCGUUUUAUUUUGUUUUACUCCAAAAUUGUUGUUUUAUAAUUUCUUAAUUUUUUGUAUAUGAUUUUGAUAUUUUAUGUAAACACGGAUGAAUCAAAACGCGACAAGAUAUACAAGUCUACUUUCGGUUUUAUCAAAUUGAUAUGAAAAUGGAAAUCCCAUCACUGGAUGUUUAUCACAGACUUCAUUGAAAAUUGUUGAGAAUGUCUGAUGAAGAAGAAGGCCAUUUAGCAGUUGUAGCCAUCGACUUUGGAACGACAUAUUCUGGGUAUGCAUUUUCCCUCUAUGAUCAAUUCAGGAAAGAUCCCACGAAAAUAUAUGCUUUCAAUAACUGGAUUCCUUCCUCCGGUGGACUUAUCUCGUCCAAAACCCCGACGUCCCUCCUACUCAAGCCAGAUAAGGAAUUCUACAAAUUUGGAUACGAAGCAGAGGACACUUAUGCAGACCUAGCCUUGGACGAACAGCAUCAUGGGUACUAUUUCUUCAGAAGAUUCAAAAUGCUUCUUCACAGGAAUCCGAAUCUUUCCCGAGACACUAAGAUAGCUGAUGCUGGUGGGAAAGAGUUACCUGCCAAAGUGGUAUUUGGACAUGGGAUUUCAUACCUUAAACAGCAUGCGUUAGACAACAUGAGGCAGCAGGGAUUUGAGAUGGAUGAAUGGGAAAUUCGUUGGGUAUUAACCGUUCCUGCAAUAUGGUCUGAGCCAGCAAAGCAAUUCAUGAGAGAGGCAGCACAAAAAGCCGACAUUACAAAUGACCAGCUCCUUAUUGCACUUGAACCCGAAGUCGCCUCAGUCUUUUGUCGUCAUAUUCCAGAUGCUACCGGAAGUGACGUGUUUUACUCAGGCUCCAAAUACAUGGUGAUUGACCUGGGAGGAGGUACAGCUGACAUUACUGUCCAUCAAGUAGGCGAGGAUGGCACUCUGAGGGAACUGCAUCGGGCUACAGGUGGAGCUUGGGGUGGAACGAAGGUGGACGCAGCGUAUGAACAGUUUUUCAUCGAUAUAGUGGAGGAAGAUGUGUGGGCAGAAUUUCAAUCAAAACACGCAGCAGAUUAUUUUGAAAUCUUUCGAGAGUUCGAAUUGAAAAAGAGAACAGUGAAAGGAGAUAUGCCUGCUCGAAUUGUGGUCAAGAUCCCUAUUUCUCUGCGUGAAUUGUAUGAAAAGAUUAAGUGUGAAACAUUCAAUGCUGCUGUAACAAAUCACGAAAUGUAUUAUAAGAGGAUAAGCCCCAUAUCCGACAAAAUCAAAAUAGAUUCGGAAUUGGUGAAGGGAUUUUUUACAGAUCCUCUAGACAAACUCAUCGAACAUUUGCAGAAUAUUUUAAUGGUGCAAAACGUCAGGAGCACGACGACAUUCUUACUGGUUGGCGGCUUUGCUGAAUCCCCGAUAGUGCAGGAAACACUGAGAGAAAAGUUUCCCCACAUAAGAUUGAUAACCCCAGGUGACGCGGGACUCACGGUCUUGAAAGGAGCCGUCAUAUUCGGUCAUAAGCCCCUUUCCAUCAGAUCCAGAAUGUCCCAUUCUACGUUUGGAAUAGCCAUUAGCAAACCGUUUAUAGAUGGUCAUCAUCCUCCGGAAAAGCGAAUUACAACUGCGAAUGGGAUCAUGUGCAAGGACGUUUUCCACAAAUACGUAGAAUGUGACGAAUCGGUGGAACAUGGUUCUGUGCACUCUGUUCCGUUCACGAUGGGAAGAGGAUCAUCAGUUAGUCGAGUCCGGGUGUUUUCGUCCUCUGAAAGGGACCCGGUCUUUGUAACCGAUGAAGGUUGUAGACUCUUGGGCGAAAUGAUUAUAAAUGUUGGCAAUGUCCAACAAGCGUCAAACAACGUGUCGGUAGGUCUUAUUUUUGGCAAGACAGAACUGACUGUGGAGGCAAAAGAGAAGACGACUGGGCAGACUUUUCGAGCCAGAUUUGACUUUCUCACAUGUAACAAUUAAUGCCGACGUCUAUUAAUCAACUGGAACUGCUGUACAUGUAGCUUAUUUUUCAAUGGUUUUCAUGAUGCGGUUUCAAGCUUGUCCAAGGUGUAUUCAAGCAUAGGUGUCAAAAUCAUCCACUGUAAAUAGUUCACUUCUUAUGCUACAGCAUAAAUGAAAAAUAAAUGAAACUGCAGAUAUUCUACUAGUGUGAAGAAGCACAAGGUAUAUCACUUCAUAUACUUUCAAAAACUGAAAGAUAUUUCUUAUAUUUACAUUAUUUAAAAUUGUAUUUUGUUUUCGGUGAUUAGCCUACACGAAGAUUAUUUCAAGUGUAUUCAUACGCAAUAAUUAGCCUAUUUCGAAGGUUGAAUGUUUAAGAGAUACCGUAAUAACCUUCAGUUUCAAUUAGUAAGAAUGUUCAGAGAAAAUCAGAGUGGGUGUAAAUAUAUGCAAAUAUUAAACCUUUUGAAAUAAAAAACUGUUGUUGCAUUGUA